AUGCUAGAAGACGUGAUUGAGCGUGGUGUGCACGUUCUGUUUGUUGGGAUUAAUCCAGACCCACACAGUUUUUUGGUCGGGAAGUUCUAUGCCGGGAGGUCGAACCACUUUUGGUUUUGCCUCAACUCUACAGAUUUGGUGUGGACUCACGUCGGCCCAUCAGACAGUGCGCGAAUGGCCAAAGAUUUUGGAGUUGGAUUCACAAACCUGUGUUCGCGACCGACACACACUGCUGCUGAAUUGACUGCAGAAGAGAAGGAGACAGGUGCAAGGCUGCUGAAAAGAAAGAUACGCUAUUACCGACCGUCGGUUGUGUGUUUUCUCAGUAUUGACGCAUACAAAGUAUUCAGUGGCGCGAAAGACUUCUCUCUCGGAUUGCAGCCUGACCCUAUCUACAAGUGGUCGGAUAGACAGUUUGACUUUACUGUUGCAUUUGUUACACCCAAUUCCAGCGCUAAGGUUGUGGCGUAUCAGUGA